GUCCGAAAGAUCCGAAUCCGCCUCCUCAUCUCUCCACUCGCCGACUCUGUUGUCUAUUUAUAAUUCUGCUUCCUGAAAUUUGACCUCUCCCUUUUCAUUCCAACGAGCAAAUUUGUGUCUGAACAGAGCGACGGAAGAUCGAGGAGGAGGAAAUGGGCGAGAAAGAGGAGAAGGAGAAGAAGGGGAAUGGCGGCGAAAAGAAGAGCGACGGGGAGAAGAAGAAGGAAGAAGGACAGACCGUGGUCGAGGUCAAGUUUGAUCUGCACUGCGAGGGCUGCGCUCACAAGGUCAAAAAACUCGUCAGGAGCCUCCAAGGGGUGGAAAGCGUGAACGCGGAUCCGGCUACCAACAGACUGAAGGUUACCGGGAAGGUGGAUCCAUGGCAGCUUAAGGAACUCCUGGAGGCCAAGACCAAGAAGAAGGUCGAGUUCAUCUCCCCCAAAGACCCCCCUAAGAAAUCCAAGGAAGACGACAAGAAGAACAAGGCCGAGGACGGCAAGGACAAAGAGCCUAAGAAAGAAGAGGCGAAACCUAAACCACCGGAAGCUACCACGGUGGUGCUCAAGAUCCGCCUCCACUGCGAUGGCUGCAUCCAAAGGAUCAAGAAACACAUCUAUAAGAUUAAAGGCGUUGAGGAUGUGACUGUGGACGCGACGAACGAUUUGGUCACCGUGAAGGGGACCAUGAACGUUGAGACGCUCCCCGACGUGCUCAAGGAAAAGAUAAAGCGCAGCGUCGAGAUUGUCCCAUCCAAGAAAGAGGAGGAGAAGAAGGGCGGCCAGAAGGACAAGGCCGGAAGUGAGAAGAAAGAAGAGGAGAAGAAAGGCAGCGAUAAGAAGGAGAAGGAUGAGGGAAAGAAGGAGGCAGUGGCAGCUCUUCCACCGGCGGCACAGGCUGCAGCGGCACAGGCGAUGAUGACGGCGGUGGCGGAGGCGAACAGGAUGGAUUAUUACGCUCCGCAUCCGUACGCUGGAGGGUAUGGUUACCGCAUCGAGAUGGUCCACGCCCCUCAGAUGUUCAGCGACGAGAAUCCUAAUGCUUGCUGUAUAAUGUGAUCAACUGUCCUACUACUGCUAGACAUGUAAAUAAGAAAAAACAUUAUAUAUAUAUUUGUCUCAUUUUAAUUCA